AUGCCGACACUGUAUAAGAUAUACACAGCGGUAUUGACGGAGAGACUGAGGCAAGAGGCAGAAAGCAAGAAAAUGAUACCGGAUAACCAGACGGGAUUUAGGAAAGGAAUGGGCACGAUGGACAAUAUAUAUGUACUGAAUUUCCUGGUAAAUAGGCAAAUAAAGAAAGAGAAAGGAAAGGUGAUGGCGUGCUUUAUCGACUUGAAAGCCGCAUUCGACUCGGUAGACAGAGGUGUGCUGAUGGAAGCAUUAAGAGAAAGGGGUGUAAGAAAAGGACUCAGGGAACGAAUUAAGGAAGUGCUGAGAGAAACCAAAAGUAGAGUAAGAACAAAUGAAGGAGCAACAGAGCCAUUUUGGACAGCGAGAGGCUUAAGAUAG